UUCUUUCGCCUGAAAAGGGCUCGUGCAGCCAGUUGCAGGCUGAUUAGUGGAUAAUUGGGGUCAGGUGCGCAGCCGCUCGUGCUCAGAGCAGAGAGAGGAGCUUCAGCGCGUGGAGCAGUUGUCUGUCUGUCUGUCUGACACUCAUGGAGACCUCGUGUGUGCGGCUUCGUCUCCUCGCCGGACUCCUCUGCGUUCAGUGGUCCUUUGCGUUCGCAGCCACGCACCUUCGCGGGGAGUUUGCCUCGCGUGAGGCCGCGCCGCCCGCGCGGAGCCUCGGCUUCCCGCACACCGCGCACGCGGAGCCCCGGCCUCCGGCGGGGGAGCGCGGGAAGGCGCGCACGGUGCGCGUGAGCUGCCGGCCGGACUCGCUGGAGGUCGUGAUCAAAGCGGACCUGUUCGGAGUCGGAGUUCCGGUUGACGGCGACGAGCUGCGCCUCGGGGUCGAGGACAGUGACCGGUGUAGAGCUGCAGCAUCUUCAGGAGACGAGUACAGGAUAGUUGCUGGAUUAGUGGAGUGUGGAACCAAGCACUGGAUUACCAAGGAAGCCCUGAUCUACACGAACCUCCUCAUUUACGCCCCCGUGGAGUCUCCGUACGGGCUGAUACGCAUGGACGAGGCUGUGGUUCCCAUCGAGUGUCAUUACCAAAGGAAGUACCGUUUGUCCAGCGCCUCCCUCGCGCCGACCUGGGUCCCCUUCACUUCCACCAAGGCUUCAAUGGAGGCGCUGAGGUUCGACCUGCAGAUCAUGACGGAUGACUGGCGGUUCAAAAGGAGCUCCAACGUGUUCCACCUGGGUGAGUCCAUCAGCAUGGAAGCCUCCGUCAGGGUGGGACAUCACGUGCGGCUCCGGGUGUUCAUGAGCAGCUGUGUGGCCACUUUGAGCCCAGACACGAGCUCCACUCCCAGAUAUGCCUUCAUUGAGCACGGAUGCUUAAUGGACUCCAAGGUUUCAAGGUCAACGUCCCAUUUCCUGCCCAGAACACAGGAACACAAGCUCCGACUGGUCAUCGACGCCUUCAAGUUUAACCAUGAAGACUCGGGACGGCUCUACAUCACGUGUCAACUUAACGCCGUGCCUGUGAACUAUGCAGAGGCGUCCUAUAAAGCGUGUACUUUUACAAACCGAAGGUGGAGGUCGGCCGACGGUAAUGACUACUCAUGCAGGUACUGUCAGAGUCAAGCCGGCCAAAGCUGGUCUGAGAGGCCGGAUGAACCUGGAGCAGGUGGAAUGAACAAUGUGUUUGAGCAAGAGGCAAGAGUGGGUCCAGUGCUGUUUUCACCAGCUAAACACAAACCAGUGGGUGAGCACUCUGCCCUCAGCAGACGCGUCCCGUACGGCAGCCAGUGGAGAAGUGGAAUCAUUGGCAGAGCUGCAAAUCUGGAGACAGGACUGUUUCCACUUUCUACGCCAGACCUGGUGGAGGAGGAUGAGGAAGACGAGGCAGACUUCAAUGAUCUGGAGCUGGAGGAAGAUGAUGAAACUGACCUGGAAAUAAAUGAUGUGGAGAAGGCACUGCUUCCUGUUCUGACAUCUACACAAGCUGGGGUGAAGAAUGAUGACCAAAGUCUUAAUGAUUUGGAGGAGGGACUGCAUCUUGGCCCAGAACCGGAGGGGAAAGAUGAUAAAGGUGCAACAGAGUUAAAAGAGGAAACAGCUGCUGCACCUCUGGACGUGGCUGCAGAACUGAACAAUAACUCUAUGAAGGACCUUCAUGACAUCAGCCCCACCUCUCAGGUUAAAGUGGACGUACCAUCAGUGUCAAAUGAAGUGACUGAUGAAUCUGGCCUCAGAGACCCAAAUGACCCAAAGCGAUAAUAAAUUAUUAGAACUGUG